GUCCUCACAAACGCAGUUGGAUCGACCAUCGGCAUGAAAUCGGCAUGAAAUGGAAAUUUUAAAAAUUCUCGUCUUCUCUGCGCUUCUCAUCUCCACGGGGAAAUCUCAAGCAACCGGCUCGACGGAAUCAAAGAGACUAAAUUAUUGGCUCUACUGUCGAAAUUACAACCUGGUUAAAAAGAAUUUGUUAGAUAGUGCAACUGCUGCUGAUUUUAUAAUUGGGAAACGAGACAGUGAAGUGGAAUUGCUUGACAAUCGAGACAGAGCGGUUGGAACUUUCGUCAAAAAGGGAUACAAAAUUUUAUUCAGCUCUCUCGAAAAGGCGAAAUACGACAAAGCCGUGAAAACCUGCGUGUAUCGAAACAUGCAACUGUUGGCGCUCGAAAGACCAGAAGAAAUAAACGAAAUUUAUCUCAGCAGCAUUUACAAAAGCAACGCCGAUGAAUCACAUGAAGACUUGGAGUUUUUGUGGACGAGCGCGGCUCCGUGCUCGAAAAGCGAUCCGCUGGACGCAAAAACCAAAUCCUGUUCGAGCGUCACGUGGUGUUCGAAUGACGUCGCCACUCGCCUCGACUACACGCUCUAUCUAGGUCGAUUUUCCCCGCCCUACUGCAUGAUUUACAGAAGGUCCAGCAGGCAACUCGAACCUACAAACUGCACUUUGGAAGCGUCAUUUUUUUGCGAGACGCCUUGCUCGAAGCCGAAGUGUCCCUUGCCGGACGAAUGCAUCAAAGAUGAUUCUCUAUUCACAGUAACUAAAGGGAAGUCCUAUCUGAAAUCAGGAAACAAAUUUGGAGGCAAGUGGAUACGAUCAAAUAACAACAUUUCCUACUUUCUGGGAGAGAAACAAGUUGAUUGGAGCGAGAACUGGAAGACUUGUUGCAGUCUCGGCCUCAAACCAAUAGCUCUGACUGACAAUUUGACUAACCAAUUCGACAGAGAAGACUCUCCAAUGCAAGGCCUAGUCUACUGGACGGCCAUGACUCGUGCCGACUGUCCCUACGAAUUCGAAAAUUGCUUCCACUCGAAUGCCACGGAGCCGUUCUCUAUUCCUACGAUCCACGGAGUGUUUCAAGAAGGGUCUUGCGUGGCUGUCACGGUCCGUGAUCCUUCCGCGAAACUCUAUUUGGGAUAUAGAAUUGCAGUAAAAACUACCCCUUGCAUUUCAAAACUGCUGUUGGCCUGCGAAGGCCCGGUUCAGACUUUUAGAAUGAAGAAGAAAAAGAAGACCAACUGUAAAGUACCAGACUGUACAGGAAUCGCUGAAUGCGUCAUGGAUGACUCUAACUUCCUGACCCAACCAUUCAGAGUUUUGCUUGUCCCCCAACGUUUCGGAAACUGGACGAUCUCAUGCAGCCACAGUUUCCUCGAGCUGCCGAAUGAAUAUGGCACUUGGGACGAGGCGUACACGCGGUGCUGCUCCCUCGGAAUGGACCUUUUAUCAUUUCAAAAUCCGAUCAAGCAACACUGCUUGGCCAAUCCUCCAAAAGCCCUCAAGCCGCCCGAGGGACAAUUCUGGACGUCCGGAAGGGAUUUAAACGCCUGUCGCGGAAAAUUGCGCUGGUGCACCGGCUACCUGAACGACUUCCUGAAAAAAGACCUGAUUUGGAAGGCAGGAGAGGACCCUGACUCGGCCAACAAUUCGUGCGUCUUCAUCGACCUGAGCAAACCCAAAAUGUCCAGCUUGGCGUUGGCCGAAUGUUCCGAGAAGAAACAGAUUUUAUGCGAAGCGCCUGCAGGAGUAGGCUACAAAUUGCAAGUGCCCGCGUUAUUUUGCAGAAAAAUAUACAUGGUCAAAGAGGCCGAGGCUUAUACACUUUGGAACUCUGGUGAUUUGAGUCGAGCUGGAAGUGGAGCAAAAAAAAUGAUUCAAUGCUUGGCGGAAUUCGCCGGACUGUUUUACAGCUCGACAAAGCUAAACAAGCAGACCUACCUGAACAUGGUCUCCAAAAUUAUUACUUCGACCAUUGACUUACAAAAAAUGUUCACCAUCAUGACAAACAAAAGAGAUUGGUUUCGGGCCUACAAGGAGACAUACGGAGAGCAAAAGGUUCAAAAUAUGAUCGAAGACAUGUCCAAGAACACGAUGGAAGAUUUUUACUUGGAACCUUUUCAACUCGGCACCGAGUUAAUCAACAAACUCGAUGACUGCAGUGCCAUACCAGAAUCCGGCGAGGCAACGUUCGCAUUCGGUUUUGUGCAGUGCCUCCUCCAGUCCAAGGAGCUGCAACGCUUCUGGAAGGCUUACAGUUACCAAUCAGACCAAUUCAGCGUGAUUCCCGCGCAGGAUGAGAUUUCCUCGCCUUGCCUCAAGUUACAAAACUAUUUGCAAAACACUUUUCUGUGCAUUCCGCCUGCUAUUUUGGCUCAACUUGGUGAUUCUGGACCGUUCAUCUCCGGAGUGCCGAUUAAUGUUCAAAAAUUAAACACAUCUUCAUACACCGCGUGCUUGGAAAGAAGGGGCUCGCUUCCCUACGCAGAAACCAAAGAGAUGUUUUUCCAACUUUACUCAUUUUUCAGAAGCGUGGCUCCGAACCUGACGAUCAUCUGGGACCAAGCCUUCUUUUCGUCCAACGACCGUGUUCUCGCGUGGUGCCGCAGCGGCCUCAACCCCUUCAACCCCUCGGACAGGGUUGCAGUGCCAAUUGCCGUGAAAGGGGCUGCCACCACGAAAGAGCCUUUGAUGCUGAUCUCUCUGCCAGGGCCCAAGCCCAACCUUCGCGCCGUAUCCGCGACCGAGGAGCUGCUCUAUCAAACCGACGUCUUCUGCCGCUUCCCUCAGCCCGUUGUCACCGAGUGCACCGCAAACAACAGCCUUCCAGAAUGGGCCUAUUGGCGUUAUUGAAGUUUUAAGAUGUAAAUUAUUAUGAGCACCUGAUAAUAA